CGCUCAAGCAGUAGUUAGCAUCGACCCGUACUGGGUGUCUCUUGCUGAAUGUUGCGGGACAAACUCGUCCGGAUCAGCGGCUGACUGCGGGGGGAACGCGUCUCUGAAGCGAAUGAAGAAACUCCUAAUCUUUCACUUCACUUACAGAGGACUUCGUACGAAAGGAAAAAAGAGUAAACGGAGGAAAUGGAGUAUAAAUUGCGAAAGGCUGAACCAAAGGACGUGCCUGAUAUAUUACGACUGGUGAAGGAACUUGCCAAGUAUGAAGACAUGGAGAACCAGGUGACGCUGACUGAACAAGAGCUCCUGGAGGAUGGCUUCGGCGAGACGCCGUUCUACCACUGCAUCAUCGCUGAAGUCCCAGGAGGGGACGCCAGCCAAGAUUCCAAGGUGGUGGGCUUCGCCAUGUACUACUUCACGUAUGACCCCUGGGUGGGCAAACAGCUCUACAUGGAGGAGUUCUACGUGAUGGACGACUUUCGAGGCCUCGGCAUCGGCUCGGAGAUCCUGCGGCGGCUCAGCGAUCUGGCAGUGAAGACACGCUGCACCGGUAUGAUGUUCGUAGUGGCCGAGAACAACGAGGUGUCCAUCCAGUACUACAAGCGUCGCGGCGCCGAGGACCUCUCUCAGGAGGAGGGCUGGCGGCUCUACCGCUUUGACAAGAGCAGUCUCGUCAAGAUGGCCACACCCACUGAGGAGUGACCGCGCCGGGAGAGGGAAGGUUUCAUUUAUUAAAUAAAAACCGAGAAAUCAUUUAUUGAAAUGUUGGCUUGAUGCCGCCUGCUUAAGUCACUAAGCUAUAACAAAAUCUAAUCACACACUGUCAAAAGUUUGCUCCAAGAUUUCGAUUGUAUUCCAAGACACUAACAAGUUAGUCCAACAUAAAUGGGCAUAGUGAGCAUUCAACACAUACCUGUGCACAAUAAAGAUAAAUUAAUUUAAA